GAAAAAAUAAGUGCGAUACUGUCCUUCUCCUCACGUUGACCUCGACCUUGAUAAUAACACCCCACGUGUUAUAAUUAAUUAUUAGUUAAUAAAGAAGUAAAUAAUCAAGAAGAAUGUUGUUCCGAGUACCUAUUACACAAUUAUAUAGAUUAUCAAUUCGCCGAUCAUUAAAUUCGUUGGCCUCGAAAAGACUUUGCUCGACUCUAUCUGCUCCUCAUAUCGAUGGAACGGAAAAGAAAUUUCCCGAAAAGAUUCACAAUAUUGUAAACGAGAUAUCAAAUUUGACGUUAAUUGAAGUAGCCGACCUAAAUGAAUUAUUAAAGAAAACACUUAAUAUACCGGAUACACCAGCGUUUGCUGUAGGAGCAAUGCCUGCCCAAGCAACGAAAGAAGUAGAAGAAGAACAAGAAGAAAAGGUGGUCAAAACAAUUUUUAGUGUUAAAUUGGAGAAAUACGAUGAAACUAAGAAAGUACCUUUAAUAAAGGAAAUAAAGAGCCAAGUUGCUGGAAUGAAUUUAGUUCAGUCGAAAAAGUUUGUCGAAAGUUUACCUCAAACAGUAAAAGCUGAUAUUCCAAAAGAAGAAGCCGAAGCAUUGAAGGCUGCAUUAGAAAAAGUUGGAGGAACUGUUACCAUUGACUAAUAAGAAAAUACCUCUAUAAGAUUUUUAUGUUUUGUUUACUUUUUUCUGUGUUUUUUGAACACAAAAUGCAUAAAAUCUAUGUAGAUCAAUAAAGUAUAUAUACAGUAUAUUAAUAUAUAUAUUAAAACGGAAGAAAUUAGACAACAAGGC